UGACGUUGACUUCGGUGAGCUGCGGGCGAUGCCCUUACUCCGUUGUCGAUUUCCCCAUAAAUUAAAGCAUUUAAUGAAAGCCGAAAACUUUCGCUGACCAAUCGGAGUCACAGACACGAAAUGAAGAUGAACAGAGACGACAACGCCAAAGCCGUUUCCGGCGACCUCCAGCAUCCCUAUCCUCCGCCGCCGCAGCAGCAGCCGUACCCACCACCUCAGUAUGGCACCUUCCAAGGCGUCUCCAACUAUCCGCCGCCUCCUCAGCCCGCGAUCGGCUUCCCUCAGCCGGUCCCACCUCCUGGCGUCAGCAACCCGUCAGCUCCUCAGUAUUAUCCUCAUGGCUACCAAGCGUCUCCACCGGGUUAUGCAGUUGUUGAAGGAAUGCCUGUGAGAGAGCGUCGGCUUCCCUGUUGUGGUAUUGGCUUUGGCUGGUUCUUGUUUAUAAUAGGUUUCUUCCUUGCUGCAAUCCCUUGGUAUGUCGGGGUGAUAAUUCUAGUCUGUUCCAGCAGACUAGACCACCGAGAGAAACCUGGAUAUAUUGCUUGUACAAUUGCUGCUGUUCUUGCUACAAUUGCAAUUAUUAUUGGUGCAACAAGGGGACCACAUGACUGGGAUUGACUGGUAAUUUUCAAAUGAAGAGUUAUACAGUCUUUUUACUUGGCAUUGCAUCAAAGUGGGACUUGUUACUGGAAUCUGCACUUAAGUUUAUGUACUGUGCUUAAAAGCCAUAUUCAUUGUCGCUGAUAAUCUCCUUCAUAUGCAAUUUCUCCUGUUUGAUUUGUCACAAUUCGCUUGCUGGUACGUGGUUAUUGUAAUUAUGAUUUUAAGGGAAAUCGUGUGCUUGUAAUAACAUAUGAAGAUGAUAUUAUGUUCUUUAUUAACAUUUUGUAUAAAUGUUAUUUUUUUCCCGCAAAUAUUAUGAGAAAAACGCUUUGCAAUCA